AUGAGUAAGAAAUUAUGGAAGUCGUCACGGGCACGGCUUCCACCUCCGGUGUUGGGGAACCACAUCACGGUGCUGAGCAUCGACGGUGGCGGCAUCCGCGGGCUCAUCCCGUUGUCCGUUCUCAAGGCCCUAGAGGAAGAACUCCAGUGUAUUGGCCUCAUCGUCUUCCUAAUUCUUCGGUCUCCGCCUGCCUGCUUCACACACAGGGGCCCGAUAUGUGGCUGGCUGUACUUCGCGAAAAGCAUCUUCUAUGGGCCCAGGUACAACCACAGGUUCCUGCACAAAGAGAUCAAGGCCAUCAUGGGGCACAGAAAACUCGACGACACCCUCACCAACGUCGUGAUUCCGGCGUUCGACACCAGAUGGCUAAAAACUAGAAUCUUCUCCUCGUUCAAGAGUCAAAUUGGAAUCUCAACGAACAAACCUCUCCUUUCGGACGUCUGCAUCGCCACGACGGCAGCGCCGACCUUCUUCCCGGCGCACUACUUCGAGCUCUUUUACCCCUACAAUCAGGCCUUCCACGUCGUCGACGGCGGCGUGGGCGCCAACAACCCCACCAUGGUUGCCAUAUCAAAUAUCGCCAGGCAUGUACUCUGCAAAAAUGACAAGUUCGGAAAAGAUCUGGACUACAGCAAGUUGAUCGUCAUCUCCGUCGGAACCGGAACUGCCAAUGAGAUGACGUUGGCGGCGCGCGAGGGGAAGUACUACAAAGCCAAGGAUUGCGCCAAGUGGGGCGCCAUUGGCUGGAUCUUCAACGACUGGGGCCGCCGCAAGCCGAUCGUCGACAUGCUCAUGGGCGCCAGCGACUUCUUGGUCGACUAUUACGUCGCUAUGCUCUUACAGAUUCAAAAUUGCGACCGCUAUCUCCGCAUCCAGGCUCUAGAGGUCAAAAUCGGCAACAACCUGCUGGAGAGUGACGUGUGCAGAGUCGACAAGAUAUCGGGGUUUUACUUGGUCGACCGCAGUUUCAAGAGGACAAACAGGGAAGAGCUCAAGACCUACGCCAGAUUUCUCCAGGACGAGCGCGACCGCCGCCUUGGAAGAAGGCUCAGUGGCCCGCCACGCACCACUAAUCAAUCGCAACCUGCAAUCGAAACUUGUCAACCGAUCCAACCCGAGAACCUACCCCAAUCCGCAGCUAUCGACACUACUCCGCCGACCCAAACCCACACAGACAACACGCCCCAACCUGCCCCACUGGUGGUGGCCGAUUGA